CAUUUGUGAGUAGCACAUCCUGUUGUGGGUCUUCGGCGGCACACCGACCGUUAACGAACCGAACCGAACCAACGACCGCAGAAUCCCGGUGAGCUGCCCGCUGGAGCUGCUUGAUAUGAGCCGGAGGUGAUCGUAGGUUUUGGGAGCAGUAGGUGUGCAUCAGCGCUGGACGAGGCCAUGGAGGAGAGACUAGCAGCCAGCCCGUGUUCGUCUGAACCGGACAGUCCUGGAGGUCUGAACCGGGGCUGCCUCCUCGACCCCGAGGACGUCCUCUACCGGGAUCUGUCCAUCAUCGUCCCAGAAACACCCAGCCCUCAGCUCGGCAAGCGGAGGAGACGUCGUCUUAUCACGGAGGAACACUUCAGCCCAGUGGCGGCUGGAGGAUCUCCAGGACCAGAACACGCCAGCGGCAGUGAGCGCAGUUUUGCACAUAAAUCCAAGCGUAAGAAGCUGACGGAGCACAGCGUGGACUUCGUUCCAGCGUCGUCUCUCAGGGCUUUUCCUCUGGGCAGCUGGCUGGAGGCUCCGCUGUCAUCUGCAGCCUGUUCCUCCUCCUCCUCUUCUUCUUCUUCUUCCUCUUCCUCUUCCUCUUCUUCUGCCUCCUCAUCCUCCUACCUCACACCGGUGUCAGUCCUCCGGCCGAAACAAAUCCAACCUUCAACGUCUCCGGCGACGGCAGCAGCAGAAGCAUCCAGCUCUGAUUCUCUGUCCUUCCUGACUGCAGAGGAGAGAAGGUGGCUGAACGGGGAGCAAGUAGACACUUCAGCAGCAGCGACGGAGCACAUCGUCAUCAGCGACGAUGAGGACGGAGCUGUUCGCUUGUUGCAGAUGGAGGAAGACGAGGCUCUGGCUCGAAGCCUGCAGGCUCAGUUUGACCAAGAGGAGUCCGAGCCGCACAGCAGGGAGCCCCAUCAUCAUCACCUUCAUCAUCAGAGCCACCACAGGUGUUAUUCCUACAUGGACCCCAGGUGGAUGUCUCAGGUCCUGGCAGCUGUCUCUCCUCUGGUCGGCUUCGAAGACGAUCUGAUUGGUCAACAAAGGCGACGUGGGCGGAGCAGCAGGAGGAGGAACGCCAUGCCGGACUUAUCAGACGACGUUCAGGGAAACGACUACGAGGCUCUCCUGGAGUUCGAGGAGCGUCAAGGUGCCGUCGUGUCCAAGAAGCUGAGUCGGAGGGAAAUCCAGAGGUUUCCUACGAAAACGUUCCAGUCUGCCAGCAGCGCCGGGAACUCGCAGUGUCAGAUCUGCUUCUGUGAAUACACCGACGGGGAGAAGCUGAGGAUGCUGCCCUGUUUCCAUGACUACCACGUCCCGUGUAUCGACCGGUGGCUGAAGGACAACACCACCUGUCCGAUCUGCAGAGCUGACCUGGCUGACGGACAGUCUCUGGACCCCCCGAACCUCUGAUGGAGCCUCUGACGGAGCCUCUGAUCCGCCGCUUUGUCUUCCUGCCACGACAGAGUUACUUGAAUCUCACUGGACGAAUGAAACUCAUCGAGUCGUCUUUGGGAGGGAUUUUUUUUUUAUAUAUACUUUUAUUUAAAUGUUGUCCUCGGUGACGACCUGACUUCAGGAAUAGAACAAUAACACUCUGAAGCUGCUGUUGUUCUCGGAGGACGGCAGUCGCAGUCUGCUGCUCGGUGACGCUGAGUUACACUGACAAUAAAUAACCAGGUUUCCUUUC